CUCAUGGGCAGGAGUUGAGGCUGCCGGCUGAGACAACACUUCUUCAAACUGCAAAUCCACCUGGAUUACCAACAUUUGGAUUCUUCCAAUGGCUCGUUUUAGGAUCAAGAAAAUCGGGAUACACAGGAACAGUUCAAGAGUGACUUCUGGAGGAAAGUGACAAGAAGGAGGAAUCAUCAGCAUUUCCCCCUCUACCACAUUCACAUUUCUGGGACUGCAGUCUUCAGUUGAAGAAUGGGGGCAGGAGCUAUGACCGUCUGUCACAGCAAGGCAGCAGUGCAGGUCAAGGAGGACAUGAAGAAGAUGGUUCAGAUACCCAUCCUUAGAUCCAGAGCAGUGGCUGCCCAGCACACCAAACUGUUUGGAGCAUCCCUGCUUGAGCUGCGAGAGCAGGGUCUGGAGGAGGAAGGAGUACCGUUCGUGGUGAAGAGGAUGGUGGAGCAUCUCGCCAAACACGCGCUGCAUCAGGAGGGCUUGUUCAGGAUAAACGGGAACGUCCGUGCUGUGGAGACCCUCAAACUGCGGCUGGAGAGCGGGGAUGAUGUGGACCUGCUCUCCGAGUCCGACUCGUCUACUGUGGCCAGCUUGCUCAAAAAAUACCUGAGAGAUCUGCCGGGGGGCCUGGUGGACUCGGCAGUCCAGCAGGCUCUGAUCCAGAACUACAGAGAAAAUGGUGAAAAUGGCUCCUGCUCAGAUCUGAGCGUUUUCCUCCAACAACUUCCAGACGUCCAGCACAAGCUCCUGCGCUACCUCUGCCACUUCCUCACCCUCGUGGAGGGCAACCACAAACACAACCUGAUGACGGCAGACAACCUCGCCACUGUGUUUGGGCCCAAUGUCUUUCAAGUGGCUCCCGGGUUUGAAUCCAUGAAAGACCAGUACACCUGCAACAAGAUCAUGGCUAAACUUAUCCAGGACUACCGCUGCAUCUUCGAGGAAGGCAGCGCUGAGGAGGUUGGCACAGGGGAGCAGUGCUCACUUAUCACUGUCAAGUCUAAGGGAGCACAGAUAACGAUUUCUCCCAAACGUCUCCAUGAGAAGACCCUAAGAGCAGCUCCAAAGACAAAAACGGUACACCUAAAGGCACUAGGAAGUGAAGAAUCUGUUAACAAAUCCUGCACCAACUCUCCGAAGUUGAGGACAAGCAAAAAGAAGACGAUACACCUAAAUGCACCAGGAAGUGAAGAAUCUGUGAACAAAUCCUGCACCAACUCUCCAAACGUGAGGACAAGCAAAAAGAAGGUCAAAAAAGGGGGGAAGAAUGCCAAGCCUGUAGUUGUUCCACAAUCCAGCGCGUCCACUGGAUCACAACACAGAUGGUCGUUCUCCAUCCCCAUCGUUCUGCCUCUAACUUCACACCUGAGGAGUCCCGGCUCAGGCGUGAAAGACUGGACGCCACACCAGGACGCCUCAGCCUCACCACUCCUACGCAUGGAAUCGAGUCUCUCGGAAAGCACAGAGGCCCUCAGCAGCUCUCAAGAUGAUGACAGACCAAUAUCUCCGUUCUAUAUGAGCAACCACCUCCACCCUGUCCGCUGCAAACCAGACACAACAAAUUUCCUAGACCAAACCAUUCGCUCAGCAGUGGAGCAGCAUGUCUUUAGUGCAAACACAAUAGCAGAUCAACCUCAAGAGAGCUGUGAGUCCACCACGUGUCCUUCAAGCCCAAGGGUGAAGCCAACCGCACGGCAGAGACGCCGGCGCCAAAGGGAGCAACAGGAAGAGGGCCUCCAAGAAAAAAACAGAGCUGCGCCCAACAGAACAGAAAACAACAAAGAAAACAUCCCAUCCAGCGCUGGCAGCAGUUCAAACAGCUUGGUAGAGGACACGGUUGGAAGUGAGGUCUCACCGGGAAGCCAGAGUGGCACUUGUGAGCAAAUCCCCAGGUCCAGGAAGUCUUCACACAGCCCAACAACAGCACAGCUCAUUGAAAACCAGGCCGGCCACACAUUUAGAGAGCCUGUUGGCGAAGGACCCGAUGAAAAUCACAUGGACACUCUUCGCAAAGGGACUUACAUUACAGGGAAAAAUGGUCUUGGAUUUGCUUCACAGGCGUUAAGGAUGAAGAUCCAGGAGUCGCCCGUUGCUUGUGACACGGCGAGGGUCGGGGGCGUGGAGGUACGAAGCUCGGACCCGGAUCGAGACAAGACGAGCUGCGAGGACGUGCCUCGCCUCGACCUGACAGCGCUGACUGAGGACUGCUGGGGAGAACCCGCUCCAGCGUACUCGCUACACAGAGAGAGCAUGGAUCGCGAAGAGGCUCGGCUCUCGCCUCACGCCGGGGGCCGUCUGAUCCGCCAGCUCCUGGAGGAGGACAGCGACCCCAUGGUAUCCCCUCGUUUUUACGCCUACGAGCACAGCCAUCAGUACCUGGAUGACACGGAAGUGCCCCCCUCCCCGCCAAACGCACACUCGUUUGUCAGCCGCAGAAGGAGUUCGUCUCUGGGCUCUGGAGAGGACGACCGGGAGGAACUGACCUCUGCCCAGCUCACAAAGAGAAUUCACAUACUAAAGAAGAAGAUCCAGCGGUUUGAGGAUAGGUUUGCGGAGGACCGUAAAUACAGGCCAUCCCACAGUGAUAAAGUUGGAAACCCAGAGGUGCUCCGAUGGGUCAACGAACUAGCUCGGCUCCGUAAAGAGCUAAAAGAACAAAAGCUGAUGAAGUCGGAGGAGGAUCUUCCUCCCGUGACACGCCAGCGCAGUAACACACUGCCCAAGAGCUUCGGCUCGCAGCUCGACAGGAAGUCCCAGCAGGAGAAGGCACCGAAGCCGCCGGUGGAGAGCACGCUGGAGUCUAUUGAGAAGAAGCUGCAGGAGAAAAGGGCGGAGGUGAACCGCCCUGAAGACAUCAAGGACAUGACACGUGACCAAAUCGGAUUGGAGAAAGUCGCCCUGCAGAAAGCUCUUCUUUACUACGAGAGCAUACACGGCCGACCGGUGACCAAAAGCGAGCGGCAGAUCAUGAAGCCUCUGUACGACAGAUACCGCCUGGUGAAGCAGAUCCUGUGCAGAGCCACCACCAUCCCCGUCAUUGGUUCUCCCUCCAGCAAGCGCAGAGGUCCCCUCCUUCAGCCCAUAAUUGAGGGUGAAACCGCACUCUUCUUCGAUGAUAUCAAGGAAGAGGAAGAUGGCUCGGAGGACGAUGGCGACACCCGGACUCAGUUCAAAAUGACGGUGGAGAGCGACCUCAGCAUGCUCAGCAUCCUGGACCACAUGGACGAGGAGGUGGACGGGUUUGUUUCGCCUGUGGAUGACCUCGAGAAAACAACAGACAUGAGGCUGUCCAACCUGCACUCCGCUACCAUGCAGGAACUCGUUGAGCAGCUUCAGGAGGCAAAAGAAGAGAAAAAGAGGAUCCGCAAGAACCUCAAAGAGUUCGAGGACCAGUUCUUUCGACAAAACGGAAGAACUGUUCAAAAGGAGGAUCGCUCACCGCUCGCAGUAGAGUACCACGAAUACAAACACAUCAAAGCCAAACUGCGGCUGCUGGAAGUUCUCAUCAGCAAAAGAGACGCUGCUAAAUUCAUCUAAAAAAAGAAAAAAAGCAGGACUAUAAAAAGACUAGUGCUCCACGUCUAGCGACACGAUGAAACACAUCUUUCUUAAGGAGAGGCAUUCCUUCAUGUCAAGCUGCUCUGGGAGCAGCCCACCUGUUACUGCCCACCUGACUUCACCUGAAGUCCUCUUUUGCCUUCAGAUGGAUGUUCCUUCAAACCCAGACGCGCACAAUUAAUCCGUUUUAUAUUAAAUGAAUGAUUAACUUAUUCCUUACAUCUUGAAAGUAACAAAUUGUAUUUUUCUCCUGUUUUAACUGUAGAAAUCUCUAAAGAAAAAAGAAAAAAUUUAAAGCAUAGUUAAAAAGUUAUUGAAGAAUUUUGUGCAGAAUUUGUGUAUUUAUGUGUAUUUUUUCUAAGGGAGACGUUACUUUUGUGUGUCAGCUUCAAUGCUUUCAUUUAACAAACGGCUUUCUGUGCUUCGUCACAAUGGCCCCCCGUCUCACUGCGACCCCAAAAGUUUGGAUGCAAACAGCAGAUCAGAAGUUUCGGUGGGAGGAUUGCCUCUGCGCACUUUUGCUCCAAACAUGUUUCCAUCUUCACUUCAUGUCCAAUAAGCUAUUAGUAGGUCUCUGGUCUGACGCGACGGUAGAGGAAAAAUGGUGCAUCUGUCAUCGCCUUCAGAGUUCGAUUGGUCGUUUGUAAAUACUGAUCACCUCUUAUGUUUACAUUUCUGUGAGCGAAUACUCGUUUUUUUUUUCUCCAAAGUGGAUGAUUAUCAGCAUGAAUUUUUUUUUCACUUCAUGUAAACACUGGCCAGGCCGAAUGAAACCUCGAGUGUGUACAUUUUAGUACAUAAAUUGGAUUUUGUACAUAAUAAAUGAAAUCCUAUUUUUACUGACA